AAAACCUACUUAAAACAAUAAGGAAACACUAGCUAGUAAUUGAGUUUUAGUAAAUAAAAGUGGGUUAGACGGGCAUUCAAUGUAAACAAACAUUAAUAGAUAAAAAUAUUAAGAAAAGAAAAAUUAUUAAGAACGCCCCAUUUUUGGAGGUUGGCCAACAAAGACAAAAUUUUGUCUGAUUUUCUUCAGUUGACGGUACAAUGAGAACCGGUAUGGGGCUCCAAACGAUUGCGGUGGUCGUCGCAGCAUUGCUGAUUGCUCUGGUCCAGUCCGCGCCCCCCGGAAAGCCUAACCUCGGCUGGGGAGAACGAACAUUCGCCAUCAUAGAAGUGAACCAAGCAGCAACAGCUUACAACCAAUUAGUCAAGAAGAAGGAUGCCGCUGAUGUCUCAGUAACGUGGAACGUCUGGUCUGGGGAUCCCGCUGAUAAGUCGAGGGUGCUGCUUAAUGGGAAGGAGUUCUGGUCCGGCAAUGGCGGCGCUUCAGGCUCGGCUACCUUCAAAGUUAAGAAGGGGGGACGUUACCAAAUGACAGUGGAACUCUGCAAUGCUGAUGGGUGCAGCGCCAGUGAUCCGACAGAAAUUGUAGUGGCCGAUACUGACGGCAGCCAUCUCCCACCGCUAGACUUUUCAAUCGGAGAAAGAAAUAAACCAUUCAAGCAGACGUCUGGUAAAGUGGUGGGGGCAUAUUUCGUCGAGUGGGGUGUAUAUCCGAGGAAGUUCCCAGUUGACCGUGUGCCAAUCCCGAAUUUGACCCAUUUGCUGUACGGAUUCAUCCCAAUUUGUGGAGGUGAUGGAAUCAACGACAGUUUGAAGGAAAUCGAAGGCAGUUUCCAAGCUUUGCAACGAUCGUGCAGUGGCCGGGAAGACUUCAAGGUUUCGAUUCACGACCCGUGGGCCGCUCUCCAGAAACCACAGAAGGGAUUGUCUUCAUGGAACGAACCUUACAAAGGCAACUUUGGACAGUUGAUGAUGUUGAAACAAGCUAAACCCGACAUGAAAAUCUUGCCUUCCAUCGGUGGGUGGACUUUGGCUGAUCCCUUCUUCUUCUUCACUGACAAGUCUAAGAGAGACCGAUUUGUAGCUUCAGUGAAGGACUUCCUUGAGACCUGGAAGUUCUUCGACGGUGUUGACAUCGACUGGGAGUUCCCUGGCGGCAAAGGUGCCAACCCUAACCUUGGCAGUCCCAAGGAUGGUGAUGUAUACGUGUCGCUUAUGAAAGAACUUCGUGAGAUGUUGAAUGAGCUGUCAGCUGAAACUGGAAAGAAAUAUGAGUUGACUUCAGCCAUCAGCGCCGGUUGGGACAAAAUCCAAGUGGUGAACUACAAAGAAGCCCAGAAAUACAUGGAUCACAUUUUCUUCAUGAGUUAUGACUUCAAAGGAGCCUGGUCUAAUGACACUUUGGGCCACCAGACAUCACUGUACGCGCCUGCGUGGAAACCAAAGGAGACUUACACGACAGAUUUCGGAGUUAAAUACCUGUUAGCUCAGGGCGUCAACCCGAAGAAGAUAAUAGUUGGCGUAGCUAUGUACGGCCGUGGUUGGACAGGAGUUCAGAACUACACAGACAACAAUCCAUUUACUGGUAAUGCCACAGGUCCCUGCAAAGGUUCUUGGCAAGAUGGUGUCGUUGAUUAUAGAGACAUUGCUAAUGAGAUAGCUCAAGGCAAAUGGGAGUACCAUUACGACAACGUCGCCCAAGCGCCUUACGUUUUCAGGCCAGCGACUGGAGACUUGAUAACUUACGAUGAUGCCAGAUCAGUCAUCGAGAAGGGGAAGUAUGUGAGAAGUAAUAAGUUAGGUGGUCUAUUCGCUUGGGAAAUAGAUGCGGACAAUGGCGAUAUACUCAAUGCAAUGAAUAUGGGCCUAGGGAAUAGUUCGUGAUGUGCAAAUGUGAUCGUAAUUUUAAGUGUUAGUCUAAUGGUCUCAAAUGAUUGUAUGAAUGUGUCAGUGAAUUUAAUGUAAAUCGAAGUAAGGUAAGUCGUGAUGACGAUUAAAAAUUGAUACUCAA